AUGGAAGCUAGACAAAUUGGAGAAAAUGGAUCAGGGAGAAAGGGGGUCGAGGAAAGUGAUGUAGAGAUCAAAGAAAAUGAAGAGGUUUUAAAGAAGAUUAUUGCAAGUCAUCCUUUGUAUGAAGUUUUGAUUCAAUCCCACAUCAACUGCUUGAAGGUGGGAUUAAGCGAAGCUGGAGAGUUUGAUGCAACAAGUGAGGCAUGGAACAAGCUGGUUAACUCGAAGUCCAAAGCAACUCCAAGUCCAAACACUUCAGAGUUAGAUCACUUCAUGGAAGCGUAUUGCAUGGCACUGAGCAAGCUGAGGGAAGCGAUAGAGGAACCAACAAAAGAAACCAAUGCUUUCAUCAGAGCUACGUAUCUUCAACUAAAGGAACUCAAUGAACUGAAUUGACCCAUAAGCAGCUCGAGUCUCGAUGAUGCU